UUUUCACAACUCUGGCCCAGUUCGCUUAGGGAUUGUGUGGCUUCUCCCUCGAGGAUGUGCCAAUAGGAGUGACGAGGAAGUGCAGAGAGUUACAAAUAGGGAACUAUUGUGUGUGUGUGACGAUGGAGAGUGAGCAGGAGGAGAUGUACUCCAACUGGCAUCUCAUCCCGGAGCCAAUUCUCCUCAAGAUCUUCUUCCUGCUGACGCCCAGGGAGAUCCUGAAUGCUGGUGAGACAUGUCGUCGCUGGUGUGACAUCUCCAGAGAUGACUAUCUGUGGCGCAAGCUCUUCAAUCGGGAUUUCAAAGUCGACAGAAACAUUGGCCUGAAGCCAGGCGCCGAGUCAUGGAGUUCAGAGUUCAAGCGCCUCACCAACAACAUCCCGAUGGUGCUCACGGACGUCCUUACAGAGCACACCCACCAGGUGCUGCACGUGAGCUUCUCACACAAUGGGAAGUACUUCGCCACCUGCUCCAAGGACGGCUUUGUGAUUGUGUGGACGUCGUCUUACCCCACCAAGACGGUCUUCUCGCACAACAUGAAGCACUUCAGCUGGAAGUACACCCAGUACUCACAGUUCAACCAGAGUGACACACUCCUGCUGGUAUCGGGAGUUCACUUUGGCUCUCCACAAACGUCUUCCGGCGAGAUCGCCGUGUUCAGUGUCCAGACGGACUCACAGUUGCGCUGCCGGAUUCUCAAUCGUCCCUAUGACAUCUUUGGUACGUGGUUCAGUGAUCAGUUUCUCAUCUCCGGCGACAUUCACUGGCUCGCGCACCUCGUCAGCACUUCCAUUCUCUGGUUGAACAAGGCCAACCAGGAAAUCGACUCGGAACAUGUGCCAAUAAUGAACCAACUCUACAAGUUCUACAAUCGCAACGGAAGCUCCAUCAGAGCUGUGAUGAUAGCCAAUUGCCCGUGGCUGGAGGACGAAGAGACUGAGGAGAAGGGUGCCGGGCCCUCUGAAGUCUUCCUGGAUCCAUCGACGUCUGUCGAGGAGGACAAGUGCGCCGGCAAUCCGGUAUCACACACGAAAAUGGGCGGCCCCUGUCCGAGCACGAGUUCCCACCACAUGGACAGCGUGGACAUCCCUUACCAGCCGCUGGCCAAUCUCGACUACGCCAGUCCCAUUCACUACAGCGACGAGUUUCGGCGGGAGUACGAGGACAGCCACUGUGAUUAUCUCUCCGAUGACUGCUUCGAUGACGACGAUGAGGACUUGUUCGAGGAGGACGGCGAGGACUUGGAGAAUCUCUGUCCAAAAUAUUUGAUCUUCUCACUGGGCUCGAAAACUUACACGCCGCAUCAGAUUGGCUUCAAACGCAUUAAAAAUGUGAACUUCCCCAAGAAGCUCGAUCUGGGACCGUCCUUAAAGGAGCGCAUUGCCCAGCGGAUCAGGGAGAAGUUGGCCAAUGAGCCGAGAGUGGAGCAUGACUGGCAGAACUAUGAAGCAGUGGCGGAUAGAUUUGACAAGGUGGAUAAAUUGAUAGAUCUGCAUGGACAUAUCAUCGGAAUGGGACUCAGUCCCGAUCACAGGUAUUUGUAUGUGAACAGCCGACCAUGGCCCAAGGACUAUGUCAUCACAAAUCCCAUGGAACCGCCCCCGAUCGCCCAGGAGAUUGAUAUUCACGUGAUAGAUCUCGCCACUCUCAAGAGAGUGGGAACAAUGCUGAGAGCUCACAAGGCGUACACACCGAACACGGAUUGCUUUUUCAUCUUUUUGGAUGUCUGUGAAAACUACGUGGCCAGUGGCGCUGAGGAUAUGCAUGCUUAUCUGUGGGAUCGAUUCUACGGAGUCUGCUUGGCGAAGUAUCAGCACACUGAGGUGGUCAACAGUGUCGCCUUCAAUCCUAGGGACAAUGAAAUGCUUGUUACUACCAGUGAUGAUUACAAAAUCAAGGUGUGGAGAUCUGUGGAAAAAGCCAAAUCUCUCAACUUGGAAACAAAGCGUCGUGCAGUUGAAUUUAGGACACUUAUUAAGUAGGGAGUUGUUAUAGUAAUUUAAUCACUUAAUUCGUGGAAGAAGUACGCGAAAUGCCAAAAAAGUUCUACAAAAUUCCUUUGGGCCACGAAUUUGCGCACUUCUUUCAAGGGUUAAAUUCUCUAUACGUAUGUAAGCACUGUGCUUAUGACCGACACAUCAAUUCUGUGAAAAAUGCAAGACGUUGAAGAAAUCAAAAUUGAACAAAAAUAUCA